AUGGGCAGCUGGUCUGAUCCUGCUUCCUUGGACGUAGCCAGGGGAAAGCAACGGGUGUUGGCUCUCCGCCCCUGGCAGUCACGAGCCGCAGAAGGCAUCGAUGCAGAUAAGGACGGCAGUGCUUCCAGGUUGCCUUGGCAAGGGAAAAUGAAAAUGGAAGAACUGAAGGAAAAAGUGGUGAACACGUCAUUCUUCAGCAUAUCACAAGCUAUCUUCAGUCGCCGCAAACACUUGUUGUUUCUGUUUUUCGUCUGCCUCAUUCUGCUUCUUCACUCAAUACUAACCAACAUCAAUCCGCGACUGGCUUCUGAAAAAUUGGAGUCUCUCGAAGAACUCUGCCGCAAGCGCGAUGCCACAGAAGGAAGCGGCUUCUCUCCUCAACUCUGGGGACCAGAGUAUGUCGACGACACAGGGCGUCCAAAAGUCCCGUUGCCGACAAAUGCGUGGUGGCAAGCUUUCGUUCUUCCUCCAGGCACAGGUGACUCCCACGUCAUUAACAGUGCCCCGUAUCUCCUUACUGUUGUCACGAAACCUCGCGGGCGGACAGACCUUGUCGGUGAUCGAGCUGGGCUCCAAGCAAGAGGUCCGUACACAAUUGUUGAUAACUCUAGCGACGGCGGCGUGUACGGCUAUCGGCAGACCAACGGACCGAUAGGAUACGGUUUCUUCUUCGGUGUGCGUCUCCGUGACUUCGGGGAUUUCGUCAAGAUGCAUUACGUUAGCAACUACUCCCCUUUGUCCGUUACAAAAGCGUGGGACAUUGAGCAAUUCGGAGAAGGAGCAGAUGAAGUAGUGGAUCCUACAGAGAUUUCGGUGUCGGUGAGUUCGCAUGCACUGGACAAAGAGAGCCAUUACAGUCUACAGCAAACCAUAUGGCUGAAUCGGCACGACUGGCCGGUCCAGAUGCUGAGCUUUGGUGACGGCUUCCUUCGCAAGAAGAAUGCCCUGCAGAAAAUCGUCAAUCUCUCCGGUCUGCCGACGGACGGCAGCCUUGCGUGUUCAUCGCUUUUGCGAUCAGCGGUAUUUACUGAUGCACUCGAAUUGCACCUAUCUGACGGCACUAUCUGGCUUCUUGUGUUGGACCACCAGAUCCAAAUGACGUGUGAAUCUUCGACCAAACAUGACCGCUUAAUGUCGUCGAAAAGGCUGGAGAGGCCAGUCAUUGUGCGUCUUGCCCUCGCGUCUGUAUGCGGUCACUCCCAUGUGUGGGGAGAAGGAGAGGCAAGCGCUAUGAUUGGCGUGGACAAGACCUGUCCUCAUCAAGACACCGACAGAAAAAGUUCCUAUCGCUGGAAACUCAUGUCUCUCGUGAACAAGGUUCCUGGUCGUCGACUGGACGAAGUGGCGGAUUAUAUCAACCGCAGACGGCAACUGGAGCUGCUGCGGGAAGACGAACGCUGGGGUGGUUUCGAGCUCCAGACGGUAUCGUGGAAGCCAGAGACAAUGAUACCAGCGUUGAGAAACAUGACUGUGCCUAUCAACACCGUCGUCAUACCCGAAGGCUUUUUCAGAGGCGACGGCACUGGCAUAACAGGCGAUCUUUACUAUUGGCUAUCGGUCCAUUUUCUCAGUGUCCAAGGAGGCACGAUUGUCCUCGUCGGAGGAAUGAACGGAGAGGGUAAAACCAAAGCACUUCUUCGGGAUCUUUUUAACAUCGACAUCGAGCCGGCUGGUUUUUUCUCCUACGAUGAUGCUGAAAGUGUUCCUCAUCAGACACACGAUAUCUACGAUACACCGCCGUAUGAGGAGGACGAAGGGAUUGAUGAGGUGUUGUUGCCAGAAAAUAUGCCCAGAGAACUUCGCCGUCCCAUGGCGCUGAAAGAAGAUCCGAUCAGCGGGUCUGAGAAAGAGGGUCCUAGCGACAAUAAGGUCGAAGCUAUCUGGACACCCUGGCACGGCUGGCCUUUCGCACCGUAUUGCAGGCCAGGUGAACGAAUAUUGUCUUUGUCCCUGGCAGGACAAUGGGCGUAUUUCCUCAGGCUGGCAGGAGUUUUGCACAGGCAAUCGUGUGGAUUGGGAUGGACUGGAGCAACGAUGUUCUGCUACCGGAUGAAGAUUGGACCGUUUUGCUCUCAAGAAGUCUCAGACACUCUGUAUGUAUGGGUGCUGCAAGAAACGCAAGCGUUCAUAAACGAGAUGAGUACGACUAUAUUGGAUGAGGAUAGCCUGGUGGAUGCUGACCGUCUUCGGCGCUUCCUCAGAGGCACGAAGGUAGAGGAGACGCUGAAUGUUGGGCAACCAUCGGAAGAAACCAUUGACGAGGAGAUGGAGACCGCAAGGGAUGGACUUCUUCGACAUGCUCUCAUAUACCCCGUAGAGGGAGACUUUCUUCUUCGGACGUCCCCAGUUGACGAGCAAAUUCAUGUCCAGCAUGCAAAAUUGACCUACAAAUUCCUUUCGUUUCCCCUUCCCCAUUAUGAAUCUCAUUCCCUCUACCCUCCCAACGUGUUCUUCCACACCCAAGAGACCGGCGGUGUGGAACCCCUUUGGGAUCCCGAUCGACUUAUCGUUUAUAUGCACGAUCUGCACCAAGUGAUCAUGGGCGAAGGCGCCGCGACAUCAUGUCUCGUCACAAACCAUGGUACCCCUGCAUACUUGCUGGUGAACCUGGUAGAGAGCGACUUGGGAGAGCUAUUGAAGAGAAACGAAACGGGUGAUUAUGAAAAUGUCCUUGAACGGAUGCACCCGAAGUGGCAAAAUAUUUUGAGGUGGGCAGUCCGGCAAGACCUGUCGGGACCUACAAAACUGGAUAUUGGUGAACUGGAGCACAAUGCGGAUGACAUGCAACAGUGGGUUAGGCUAAUGCACCGUUAUGCAAGUAUAGCCCUCACUGCUAACACCGCGGGUGUCCGCGUCGAACGAGAAAGGGCACUAACUUUUCUUCGAAAGGGCCUCGAGAAAUUCCUCGGCGCACAGUUUGAGAACGUACUUCUGUACGACACAACUUGGGCAGAUGUCAUGGUUUCUCAGUUGGCAAGUGCCUGCCCAGCUCUGCGAAACAGCGAAGUGGAAGCUGGAGCGGGUCUAUACUACGCCACACAUGCGUUCCUGGGUUACGUUGUCCACAUGGCUGCGGUGGUGGCUAAGUUUGAUCCAGGGUGGCUGAGCAGACGUCUUAGCAUCACCACACAGUAUGGCCUGAGAACCCCCAAAAUUCACCAUGUGGUUCUGGGGUUGAUCCGAAACUUCGCCACUCCAGCUUUCUUGCGACGGUAUCAGGACUCGUAUGUCACAGCAAGACUUCAACAGUUUUUUGUGGUUGCCCGACACAAAGACUGGUGGUUCCUCAAUUCGUAUAGCAGCGGUGUCCAGCACCCAGACGCCCUUGGUCCCCAUCAGGAGAGUAGCAGCGAAGCGGCAUUCGCCUACUGGGCUGUCGCCAUGUAUGCUAAGAUAACUGGCGACCGAGAGCUGGAACAGUGGGGCAGAGUGCUGGCUGCCACAGAAAUUUAUGCCGCUAAUGCAUACAUCCAUAUCAAGGAGUGGAACGAGAUUUACCCACCUGCAGUGCGGUAUCUCGGAGCUAUCGGAAGGCUACACGAGAAUGGUGCAGUGUUCAACACCAUUGAGGGAGUAGAGCCAUAUAAAAUCUUCAGCAAGCAGAUAAUUCCACUAACUCCGUUCUCACUAGAGAUCAUAGAUGCCGGCUGGGUUCUCUGGAUGACGGAGCGCUGGAGAAGCGCAUGCGUCCUAAACUUAUCGAAGUGUUUCAAGGAAUUUGGCGACAUUGGCCUAACACACAUGUCUCUGCUUACACAGAAAUGGACCUCGUACAAUGCACCGGACGGCAUUGGCAGAGAAGCCACGAUCAGAGUGGAGAUUGAGCAGGCCACUCAGCAAGUGCUGCACAUUAACUGCUUUCAGACCAAGAGCUUCGAUUGUGGGGUCCACACGCUCUCAAAUGCGCUGUUCUUUGUCGCCACGGCGCAUGCGCUAGGAGGAGCUUCGGCUAUCUUGGACAUGGAGGAUGGGAACGGCCGUUAUAGAAUAUAUUAA